UUCUCUCAAACCAACCACCCUCAGCUCUGCUGUUGUCUACCACAGCACGAUAUCACCGUUCCCCCUAACGACGACAACGUCCGAAGACUCUCUGUUAUCCCGUUAUAGUACCCUGUUACUGUUGACAGCCACCAGAAGAAGCAGUCAUGUCCCUGUUGACUUCCCAACUGGUCUUGGAGGACGUUGGGGCCCUGUUACUGGACAACUGGUUUCUGACGGCUGACCCCAUGGGGCCCCGUCUGGACCAAGAUGAAGAGGAUGAUCUACCCCCCUCUCUCUCCUCCUUCUCUUCUUCCCGCUCCCUCUCUCUCUCCAACUCUUCCGCCUCUUCCCUCUCUCCCUCCUCUUUGUUUAGUUUGUCUCCUUCCCCCUCCCAUCUCUCGUCCUCCGACUCCCUCCCUCCAUCCCCUCGUCCCUCGUUCCUGGGGAGCAGCAAGGCCGGGUCCGGGGUAGAGGACCACCUUGAUGCCGUUGACUCCGUGGCUGGACUCUAGGAGCUGCUCCAUGCCCACAUGGGAACAAACGUCUGCGGAGAUGAUGCGUUUUCGGGCAUGGACUGGAUGGCUGAGAAGAUAGACCUGAGUGACUUCGACCUGGACUCUCUGAUUGGCUCCUGUUGUUCCGACGCCCCGCCCAGUUCCCCUGYGGAGCUCCUGGCCUCCCUGGAGACCCACAUGGACCUAGACCUGGUGGACCCCUUCACCGCCACAAUCCCUGCCCCACACGAGGUGCUCUCACUGGGCAUCCCUCUGGCUGACCUCCCCUCCCUGGAGCUCCCUGAAGAAGAGGUAAGGGAUGAGGUCAGAGGUCCUGUGGUGACGGUUCAGGAUCAAGAGGUCGUGGUGAAGUCUGAGCCACAGUCUCCAGCACCCCUCUCCAUGGGGUAUACCCUCGAGCUGGGGAGCGAAGUGGACGUUGAUGRCUUGGAAGUCAAGACAACCCACACUCRACCUACCAUCAUCUCUGAYCCUAGCGACAGCCUCCAGACCACCGCCCCUAUCGUCCUCUCCCUCCUGCCCUCAGGCCACUUUGUGGUGGUCCUCUCRCCUAAAGAGGAGCCAACCAUCCUCCCCACAUCAACCCUCUCAGCCUCCAGUAGCUGUGAUGACCAGUCUGAUGACAGCGACUCCGGCAUCGACUCUGUAUCCGGCUCCCCUCCUCACCACCCAUCUUCCUCCCCCUCUCCUUCUCCCUCCAUAGCCGGGUCCUCCAGGACCAAACCCUACUCCAAACCUGAACCUGAGACUACAUCCCCCACAACCCUCAGCGGCAAGGUCAAAUCAGUAUCCGGGGCGCCCAAGGUCGUGGAGAAGAAGCUCAAGAAGAUGGAGCAGAACAAGACUGCAGCGACACGUUACCGACAGAAGAAGAAGAGUGAACAGGAAGUGCUGAGCGCGGAGUGUUCCGAGCUGGAGCAGAGGAACAGUGAGCUGGCAGAGAAGGCUGACGGCAUCAGCAGAGAGAUCCAGUACCUCAGAGAUCUGAUGGAGGAGGUCCGCUCAGCGAAGAACAGGAAGAAGACCACUGUUAGUGUGGCMUAGUCAGCGGAAAUUAUGGAUAGAAGGAAGGCAAGAAAGGGGAAUGCAUAGAAUGAGA